AUGGCGCGUCUACUUUUCGUCGCAACGUUCGCCGUGCUGCUGGCGGUGGCGUCCGCAGGUCAAACCGUGGUGACUGGACCCAACAACCCGGCGGUGAACCUGGACAAGGCCAAGGGCGAGAAUGGCGUGGCAACCGAGGUCCCUCCUGGCAUCGAGAAGGCGGCGGCCGCCGGCGGGCUUGACAAGUUCGAGGGAACGACGAUCGUGAGCUCGAGCACGGACAGUAUUCUGAUGGUGGACGUGAAGGUUGCGGGAUGGAACAAAAUGAAGUGCCACAAGGACCUGGGCAAGCCCGGGGAGGGCGCGUGCACGCCGGCCAACUGCAGCAAGGGCGGCAUCGCCGCCAAGUGGAAGACGUCGAACCUGCUGAAGAACAAGCUGGGCGUGGAGGUGUACGUGAAGGGCAACCCGCUGACGCUGAAGAAGGCGUCCCCGCAGACGUGCUGCAACACGUGCGCGGGGACAGCAGCUGCACUACGCCACCGACUCGAAGCCGGUUCAUCUGCAGGUGCGCACGGGCGGCGAGUGCAACCCCGCGGCAAACGUGGUGAACGACCCGCAUCUGGUGGGCGCGUACGGCACGCACUUCGACUUCAACGGGCGCCCCGACAAGGCGUUCUGCCUGCUGACGGACAAGGACCUGCACGUGAACAUGCUGCUGCGCGCGGUACUACUCGGACGACACACGAGAACGCGGCGCUCGUUGUGGACGGCAAGGCCGUGCACACGUGGAUUAAGGAGCUGGGCAUCGUGUGGUUCGCCAACGGUGCCGACCACAAGGUGCGGCUCGCGGCGCGCUCUGGCAAACAGCAGGAGCGCGGCGACGGAUUCAUGAAGACGAUCGAGAUUGGCGGCGAGGAGAUCCCGAGGAUGAACGUGGGCGACGAGGUGACGGCGGAGGGCGGUCUGACUCUGCGGUUCGCGGCGCUGGAGAAGGAGGGCCCGUAUGACGUGGACUACUACACGCUCGCGAUCGACGGGCUCGUGACGCUCGACCUGCGCCUGCGCGUGGCCAACCCCAAGCUGCAGACGCCCAGCGAGGCCGAGGCGCACAUCAACGUGGGGAUUGUAGAGCUGGAGCACACCGACGACGUGCACGGCGUGCUCGGCCAAACGUACCGCCCCGACCACGCCGCUCGCGCCGCCGACUUCCAGCGCCUGAUCGCGAACCUGCACCGUCCGAUCUCGGCCGACAGCCAGAGGGCGCUGGGUUCCUUGACGGCACUCCCCGGCUGUACGAGUCGAGCUCCGUGCUGUCCGUGGACUGCGCGCAAACCGAGUACCACCGCGCCAAGCAGCUGA